CCUGUUGCCUUCUCCAGGCAGGACCCAGAAAGCUUUGGGGAAACAUUUCACGGGGAGGUUGUUCAAGAAGGCGAGAAGAUGGCAACAUCGCCUCCCCGAGGCUGCGGCAGCAUCGAUGCUGACUAUUACCUGCUCUGUGACGUGGAGAAGGCCUGGGGGAUUGUCCUGGAGUCUCUGGCUGCAGCUGGCAUCCUCAUCACCAUUUUCCUCAUCUGCUCGCUCUUCUUUCUCAUCUGUAAAGUCCAAGACAACAGCAAGCGGCACAUGAUCUCCGUCUAUUUCUUCUUUCUCUUAGGCACGCUUGGCAUUUUUGGUCUCACUUUUGCCUUCAUCAUUAAACUCAAUGACAGGACUCGCCCUACUCGCUUCUUCCUAUUUGGAGUCAUCUUUGCUCUCUGCUUCUCAUGCCUCCUCACCCAUGCCUGCAACCUCAACAAACUAGUGAGAGGAAGAAAGCCCUUCUCCUGGCUGAUGUUGCUGCUCCUCAUUGUUUCCUUUGCCCUGGUACAAGUUGUGAUCAGCAUUGAGUACUUAGUCACCAUGCUAGUAAACCAGAAAGACAAAUUUCUGAAUAUGUCUCCGGAGGAGACCAACAAGGACUUUGUCUUGCUUUUGAUCUACGUGCUCUUCUUGAUGGCUCUGACCUUCUUGGUUUCCAUGUUCACAUUCUCUGGGUCAUACAAAAGCUGGAAAAGGCACGGGGCACACAUCUUUGUCACUGUCCUGUUCUCAAUUGCCAUUUGGGUAGUGUGGAUCACUAUGCUCACAAAAGGCAACACGGUUUUAAGCAAACGUAGCUGGGAUGAUCCUGUCGUGGCCAUUGCUCUGGUGUCCAAUGGAUGGAUCUUCCUGAUAAUGUAUAUCAUCCCUGAAAUUUGUUUCCUCACUGCCCCUCUGAAGCUGGGGGACUACCCUCCAGAAAAUGACUUCUGCCAACCCCAGUUCAUAAAGCAGACAACUGGAGUGGACAACCGUGCCUACACCCAAGAUGAAAUUGUGCAAGGAGACACAGGAGACCUCAGCUACUCCCCAUACUCUUCUCACUUUCAGAUGAAGACCAUCAAACCCCAAAAUGAUUUCUCCAUUCCUCGGCCCAAGGCCCGGACAAGCCCAUACCAUGACUACACUGGUGGGAAAAGCCCCAUGUAGCAGCUUCACAGCGACGAAAAAGACUAAGCACCUGUCAGCAGAGGCGUGGGGAAUGGGCCACAUGGUGACAAGUGAGUUGAUCCUGCAGAAGAGACAGAGUUAACCCACACUGGCAAAAGAGGAGAGGGGUCCUCUUUUCCCUGCACAGGCACCCUUGUAGCCCCCUCUCAUUCCUCAAACGCAGCUUUCAGACACCGCUCUGGCCAUCCUGUCCCUGCUCACUCUGUUUCUCCAUGGGCUGGAGCUCGUCUCUUCUGACAGAGGAACGUGCUGGGAAGAGCCUGUCCUGGCCUAUUUUCAGCAGGAAUGCUGUAGGGCUAGAGCAUCAGGAAGAUCAUCAGCCAGGUCUGCAACCAGCUCUGCCCCAGCCAGGACUCACUUUGAUCAGCUCGUGGGGAUGCCUGCACCCCACAUCUGAUGGGAGAAGAGGCAGGAGCAGGAGCAUCAGCCCUAUACAUCCCCACUCCUGCCCACCCGUGAACACAUCUCGGGUACUACUGAGGACACACUUAUCUAUCCACCGUUAUUUUUGUGCCCACUCCCAGCCCUGCCUAGCUCUCCUCCAGAGAUCAGUGGAGAAGAGACACAGAGAGAGAGAGAGAGAGAGAGAGUAUUUCUUUUUUCUUCUUCAUGUUCACUUCCAGCCCCUUCCUCAUCACCUAGAGACCACAGUGGAGAGGGGGAAGAAAAUUUAAAAACAUCUACACCUAUUUACCCUGACACAUUUUCUGAUUUGUGCUCUAGCAUUGGCCUCCCUCCUAGCUCUGACUCCUGAGCACAUGCUCCAGUUGAGCUCCCCAGGGUGCCUGCCCAAACCCACAAACCCUCCCUCCCCACCCCUGCCACCCCAGGCUUUGGAUCCCUGCAGGCGAAACCUCUUCCAUGCAGGUGCUUGCAAUACCCUGGUGGGAUUUAAUCCCGUGCACCUUGGAGCUCUGCCUCCUCCCGAGCGUGUCUGUGGCAUUAGAAUGAACAUUUUCCAAGCAGCCAGGUUACGGAGGGUGGACAUCCUUCUUCCCAGGAGUAAGCAAUCCUGAGCAUGUGUGUGUGUGUGCGUCCGUGCGUGUGUGUGCUGUGUGGACUGCACCCUGGUGAUGAGCAAUAAGUCUGCAGAGUUGAAUCAUUCUGUAGCCUGCUUUGCAUUUGGUAAAUAGCUUUCCAUGAUAUUUCACAUAUAAAUACGUAGAGCUCUCCAAGUGGGUGUGUAUGGUACACAGGUCUCUGACUCAGCUAUAUAUUUAUUUAGUACUUUGUAUGUGGAAUAUUUAAUUAAUAAAAACUCAA